AUGUCGCAGUUUGAGAGUGGCAUGAGUCACUCGCUGAAGCUGGAUGCCCCCAUUCCCUGGAGCCCCCAGCCGCGUCGGCAGCGCAAGGCGGCGUCCGCGAUCACGAGUCGUGUCCGCCGCAUUCCCCAUGGCGAGUUCUGUGACCGAUUCAUCCCCGUGCGCAACAGCAAAGCUAUGGAGGUGGCGAGCUACCUCGUAACUCGAGAAGAAACAGCAUCUCCACUGAAGGAGAAGCAGGUGGCGAUGAUGCAUCUGCUGAGCGGCGUGGAUGUGGAGAAAGCACGAAUCUUACGCUACCGGGGACCGGCGCCACCUGUACCCGAGGGCUACGGCGACACGCAGAAGGUGCUGCACUCCCAGCAGGGCUACACACACCUCUCCCUGCUCAAGAUGAAGCGACGCAUACUCACGUGGCCCGAGCGUGUGCUCGACGCGCCGGCGGUUCGCAAUGACUUCUACCUCAACCCGCUGGACUGGAGCGUGGACAACGUCGUGUGUGUGGCGCUGGGCCACGCUGGGACGUAUCUGUGGGACGCAGAAACGGGGAAUGUGACCCAGCACAUGAAGAUGGAGGGGCGGUAUUACCCCUCGUCCCUCUCAUGGGUACCAACUAGAGGCAACAUCCUCGCCAUAGGAACAAGUUUCAACACCGUGCAGAUCUGGGACGUGGAGCGAAACAAGUGUUUAAGGAGUAUGCAGGGCCACAUGGGGCGUGUGAGCUCCCUGUCCUGGAACGGACACCUCCUGUCAAGUGGGUCCCGCUCGGGUCAGAUCCACCACGAUGACGUGCGGAUGAUGCAGCAUCACGUCGCCACACUGAGUGGCCACUCCCAGGAGGUGUGCGGCUUGGCGUGGUCCCCUUGCGGACGCCUGCUGGCCAGUGGAAGCAACGACAGAAAACUCCUCCUGUGGGCCAACGGCAUCACAUCCUCGGCACCCCUCCGCGCCCUCUGGCAGCACACGGCCGCCGUCAAGGCACUCGCGUGGUGUCCGUGGCAAGCGAGUUUGCUGGCGAGUGGGGGUGGAGCAAACGACCACCACAUUCGCCUGUGGAAUGUCAACACGGGAAUCUGCUUCAAGGCAGUGGACGCUGUGUCUCAGGUGUGCUCCGUCUUGUGGUCGAGCGAGCACAAGGAGCUGCUCUCCGCCCAUGGCUACCCCAGGAACCAACUCGCACUGUGGGCCUACCCAGAGAUGGUGCCCAUCGCCGAGCUCUUAGGCCAUACAGGCCGCGUGCUGCAGGUUGCAGCAAGCCCCGACGGAUCCUCCGUGAUGUCACUUGGUGCUGAUGAGAGCCUGCGCCUGUGGCGCUGCUUCCAGGGGGACAAGUCGCGGAAGAAGAAGCAGCAGCAGCUGGAAGGCGCCAAUACGGGGAGGCUCUCGCAGAACUGCUUGCGCUAGCCCCCCUUACCAACA